CAAAACAAAAACAGGUUUGUAUGUAAAGACUACGGUAUUUUCGCAGAAAGCGCCAGAGGGGUAACCUGCUCUUGAAGCACCCAUCCUUUGCUCAACAACGAGUGGAGAGGACGUACCCGUGAAAUAGCAGAGAUAAUCAGAGGAUGGAAAAAGAGGAGCAAAGUUUUCGUGAAAGUGGAGAAAAUGAACAAGAAACUGGGAAAGAAAGCGGCAGUAAUGCAUUGACGCCUGGUUCGCAAUGCAAAUACUACCCUAAAAGCACUGCGCCUUUUUUUCCUCGGGAAGUGACAAAAUAUUGGCAUGCAUUUUGCUCGAGACAGGUUACAUGCACGUGCGACAAAAAUAUGGACCAGGGUACGAAAGCUGGGGCAACCACCGAUGCGAAAGACGCAACCUGUGCAAGUCCUCAUUCCAACCAAACCGCGAGCGAAGACGACGAUUCUUCCACCGAUAGAUGUCUCCUGUUCCUGUUGCAGCAACAUCAGGACUUCCUGAAUUUGAUGAUUCAGCAGCAUGAGCAGUUACAACAUAUUGAAGAACAGUUGUGUUGGGUGUUUCCAAACGCGGACUGACAAAACAACAAGGAGGUUGGGAGGGAUGAGAAAGCAAGGAGCAACAAUAAAUGCAAAAUGUAUUUAAGCACCCAUACCUUGUCAAAGGUCCUUCUUAUGCAGAAUUGCAGGGUACAAAUAUAUAAUCAAAUGGAUUGGAUCACCUCUACAUGUAUAUCUUAUGAUAAAUUGUAAUUUUACAAAUGGACCAUCCUUAACUGUCGUCCGGUUUGACAACGCAACGAGAAACGCUACAAAGAAAAAAAAUAAAUAAACGAAAAAACAUAUAGCGUACGUAAUCCUACAUGCAUACUCGUGCCACUCUUGAAUGUAAACAUUGUUGAUUUUUGUUUUUAGUGUAGGCACUCUAUAAAAAGACACGAUUUAACUGUAGAAGACUAGUAGCAUGAAAAGAAAGUCGAAAGAUAUCAUGAAAUUUAAUCAGACAAGAUCUGUUGAUAUUUUAUACUUACAUGUAUAGUGGUAUACGAUACUAGGAUACUUUGUAUGAAAAAUGGUAGAUAAAUAAUAAAAGAUGCAUUAAAAUAGGUCAAUGUCAAACACCCCAUACCAUAUGGUGCUACAUUUAAUAUAACGCAUGAUGAGAAGGUCCAAAGGAUUAUUUAUUCC